CUCUCUUUCGAACGUUUCCUUACCGAUCGUCCCAAGUCGAUGACAGCGACACCAUAUAGAAAUCGAAGCACCAAUACUUCUCCUCUCUUUCGUGAUUCUUUUGGUUUUCUUUUCUCUUGGGUUUACAGCGGUGGGAUCCAGUGACGGAGCUAUUCUGGCGGUGGUUAGUCAAUGAGCGCGAGAGUCGUUGGGAGACGAUUACUGCUACUGUCGGGGCUACAUUAUGAGCGCAUUCAAAGUUUCCUACCGUCUCUCCCCUCUUUUUCACGACCUCCUCUUUAUCUCUUCAAGAUCAUCCUCCCCGUUAUCGCUACUCCAAUCUCGCCUCUUCUCAGCUCAUAAUACCAGACCAUCAUCUGGUACAUUCAUGGAAGUUGUUAAGGCAGCACUCAGCCAUGUCUAUGCGACUCAAGAACGUGCCGUUAUAAGGGCUGAACAAAAAAGCUAUGGUUAUGCUCAAAUCGUCGCUUCAGCUGUGAACAUCUCAAAUUUAUUGCAUGAUGCAGAUGUUAAAACUGUGAAGGAAGGGUGCACAGCUUCAGGUUCUGCUGAGGUUGUCAAUGGAUCAAGAUACCUUCAUGGUGCUCGGGUAGGGAUUGUGGCUAAACCUUCUGCUGAGUUUGUUGGGGCAAUCCUUGGUACAUGGCUCCGUGGAGGAGUGGCAGUUCCUCUCGCUAUAAGCUAUCCAGAAUCAGAGCUUUUGCAUGUGAUGAAUGAUUCAGAUGUAUCCAUGAUACUGAGCACUCCAGAGCAUCAAGAAACCAUGGAGAAUGUGGCUGCUAAAUGCUCUGCUAAAGUUUCACUAAUUCCAACGGUCACCAGUAUGCCAUCAAACAAUAUGUUCAGUGAACAUUCAGGGGAAGAAGCUAUUGGUUUGGUUGUUGAGUUGAUAAGGGAAAUUGAGGAUUCAUGCAUGAUUAAAGGAGAUGAUCCUGCUCUGAUUCUUUACACGAGUGGUACAACGGGUAAACCUAAAGGUGUUGUCCACACACACAAGAGCAUAAUUGCUCAGGUCCAAAUUCUGUCUGAGGCUUGGGAAUAUACAAAUAACGAUCAGUUUCUGCAUUGUCUACCCUUGCACCAUGUUCAUGGUCUCUUCAAUGCUUUAUUUGCGCCUCUAUAUGCGGGAUCAGUGGUUGAGUUCAUGCCAAAAUUUAGCGUACGAGGUGUGUGGCAGAGAUGGCGUGAUUCAUACCCUAAAGAUGGAAACAAAGCAGCUGAUGCGAUUACCUUAUUUACAGGAGUUCCAACUAUGUAUACUAGACUGCUGCAAGGAUAUCAAACUAUGGAUUCUGAUCUACAAAAGGCCUGUGCAUCUGCAGCAAAUCAAUUGCGUCUCAUGAUGUGUGGGUCUUCAGCUCUUCCAUUUCCCGUUAUGAAGCAAUGGGAAGAGAUAACAGGUCAUCGCCUUUUAGAACGUUAUGGCAUGACUGAGUUUGUGAUGGCAAUAUCCAAUCCCUUGCAUGGUGUACGAAAAGGAGGCACUGUCGGGAAACCUCUUCCUCGAGUAGAGGUGAAGAUUCUUGCAGAAGAUGGUAGUGAAGUUGGCACAAGGGGAGUGGGAGAGCUUUGUGUUAGAAGUCCCUCUCUGUUCAAGGAAUAUUGGAAACUGCCUAAGGUAACAGAGGAAUCCUUUACUGAUGAUGGAUUCUUCAAGACUGGAGAUACAGUCACAACAGAUGAAGAUGGAUACUACGUAAUUUUGGGGCGUACUAAUGCUGAUAUUAUGAAAGUUGGUGGUUAUAAGCUGUCAGCACUAGAAAUUGAAGCAAUACUUUUAGAGCACAAGGCAGUGUCAGAAUGUUGCAUUCUGGGCUUACUGGAUGAGGAUUAUGGGGAAAUUGUAUGUGCUAUAAUUGCGCCUCAUGCAGAUGCAAGAAGUAGUGCAGAGCAAGAACAAAAGCCAGCAAUAACCCUAGAAGAUCUACGAAGUUGGUCCAAGGAUAAACUAGCUCCAUAUAAGAUCCCGACAAAGUUGUUUCUGUGGGAUUCUCUUCCUCGAAAUGCCAUGGGAAAGGUGAACAAGAAGGAGAUCAAAAAAUUACUGGAACAACAACCAUAAUUUAAGUUACAAAUUAACAGUGGAAUUUAUGGCUGAUCAAAAAAUUAGCAGCCCCAUUAGGUUAGCAAGAUCAUUUUCUUCAAUGAAAUCUUCUUUCCCAUCGAGGCACAAUUUGGAUCGUGGUACUUUUAUCUCUAUUUAUUACAGUGGCUUUAAAUGUGUACCCGUCAGUCAUUGGAUUAUGUGACAAGUGGUAAAUGUUGUCUCCAAUUAAGUAUGAUGCAACUGUAGCGAGCCUUGCAAUGGUAGAUUUGAAUGGUGAUGUAAAAGUUCAGUACAACCGUCUCACCGUAGCAUCUGCGUGCCAUUGGUGAUCAGGGUUAAAAUUCUUCAUUGACGGAAAAUGUUGAAUGAUCUUGUCCUGCUUUGAUCCAUGUUUAAUAAAAUUUUGAGAUUCUUGAUCGA